GUAGACAGUACAACUGUACAAGUCAUUCAUUAUUGUUUAAUUUCUCAAAUACUCUUGUAAUCUCCACAUUCUAAGCUAUUUUAUCUUCAUCCCUAAACUACCUUUUCUUAUAUAAAGCUCUUGAUGGGAAAAGAAGAUGUAGCACAAAACUUAAACACCAUCUACACCACUAUCUGAUUCAUACUAAAAAAAAAGGUGUUGCUUUGGCUCAACAAAGAACCCUAAGACUAAGAGUAUAGAAAAUAGAAAGCAGAAGGGAUGGGGAGAGGGAAGAUUGCAAUUCAAAGGAUCGAUAAUUCAUCGAGCAGGCAAGUGACUUUCUCGAAGAGGAGAAAGGGAUUAAUCAAAAAGGCGAAGGAGCUAGCAAUUCUGUGUGAUGCUGAAGUUGGACUUGCAAUUUUCUCCAGCACUGCAAAGCUAUAUGAAUUUGCAAGCACCAGCAUGAAUGCGGUACUUGAAAGAUAUAACAAAUCAAAGGGGGAAUAUCAGCAACCGCAAAAUCCAGCAUCAGAAGUCAAGUUUUGGCAGAGGGAGGCAGCAAUCUUAAGGCAACAACUAGAGGACUUGCGAGAAAACCACCGGUAUAUGAUGGGAGAACAGCUUUUUGGUCUGGGUGUCAAAGACCUACAAAAUCUGGAGAAUAAACUAGAAAUGAGUCUGCAGGGCAUACGAAUGAAGAAGGAACAAAUCUUAACUGAUGAAAUACAAGAGCUAAGCCGAAGGGGCAAUCUUAUCCAUCAGGAGAAUAUAGAACUGUACAAGAAGGUAAACAUUAUACGUCAAGAAAACUCGGAAUUAUGCAAGAAGGUUUGCAGCACAAGGCAUGUGAAUGCAGAAAGCAUAAGUCCCUUCAUUCCAUUUGGAACUAACUUCGGAGAGGACUUGCAUGUCCCUAUCCAUCUUCAGCUAAGCCAGCCAGACCGACAACUUUAUGAGACACCAGCAAGAGAAACAGACUAAAACAGAGUACAACUACAUCAAAGAAAUGCACCAAGGACUUUGAACAGAUGUUAUUCAACACACUCUAAACAAAUAACCAAGCACAGGGGAACAUGCUUCUUGGUGUCAGAUGAUCGACAUAAAAUCCAAUCAGCAGAGUCACCAGUAUGACAUUGCUUAUGAAAUUAACUACAAAUAGAGCAAAAUUUAUUGGUGAAAGCAGAUAUUUAUUGUAUCUACAUAAAUUGCAUACAGAAAAAAUCUGAAUGAAACCUAUCUUGUGUGUCUGUGUAUAUUUCAUAUGGAAAAAUUCUGAAUGGAACUUUUCGGGAACAUACUUGUUCGGCUCUAAAAGGAAACAUAUAACAAUAAAUAUUA